AUGUCUCUCCUCGAGCGCUUCGAUCGCGUCACCACAUCGCCCACCCUCUUCCUCCUCGUGUCCUCUUCCGUCCUCCUCACUGCCUUUGUUCUAGUGCAUACCUUCAUUCGACGGCUACCACCAAACGCCCCGCCCACGGUCAGCGGCAACUUCCCCCUGGCUGGGUCAAUUAGCUUCUGGACGCGGCGAUGGGACUUCUACAGACAUGCGAUGGGCCGUGCGCCGACGGGCAGCUUCAGUUUCCACGCAGGCCCAAACGCCAUUGUGGGACUGUCCGGCGAGAAGGGGCGACGACUGUUCUUCGAGAGUCGUGAGCUUGGCUUCGCUGAAGGCUAUGCGGUGCUGUUCGGCUCGUCACCGCAGAUCAAGGACCCCGACAGCGCUGGGCAGCGCGAGGAAAUGUCCAACCACUUCAGCCGCCGUCUCGCGCACCUCCUGAAGAACGAGCAAUUCCGCAAGAAGCUACCAACUCUGAUCUCUGAUGUCCAGGAAGGCAUUGAAGCCAUCAAAAACGACCCGCGCGGCAUCACCAACCCCUUCGAGUCGAUCUACCGCAUUGUGUUCCGUCUCACGAUCCGAAUGGUCGGCGCCGACGAGAUUGCAGAGGACCCCGAGCUGUCCGAAUCGACCCUCAAGCUGUUCGAGAUGAUCGACCAGAGCGCGACCGCCGCCGCCGUCAUGUUUCCCAAAUUCCCCUCGCCUGCCGUCAUCAAGCGCACAUAUGCCGGCGCACGUCUAUACAUGAUGGUGGAGAAACUCGUCAAACAGCGGGCCGAGAGCGGAGAGAAGUACGACGAUGCGCUUCAGUACAUGCUCGACCAGGGAGACCGCACCUUCAAGAUCAUCGAGUUCGUCGUGGGAGCCCUCUUUGCGGGUUUGCUCAACAGCGGAAUCAACGCCGCUUGGGUUAUGUGCUACCUCGCCACCAAUCCUGAAUGGCUCAACAAAGCACGCGAGGAGGUAGGUACUACCGCCGCGAAGUACGCCACCAAUCCCAAUGCGCCCCUGCGUCACCAGCUAGAUGACGUACCUCUCGAAGCGUGGGAGUCGGAAUUCCCCAUUGUGGAUAUGUGUCUGCGUGACUCAAUCCGUCUCAACCUGCUCGGCACUGCUUUCAGGAAGAAUAUCAGUGGAAGGGAGAUUCCCAUCGGCAAUGGCGAGGUGAUCCCGCCUAAUGCGUUUGUGACUUACGCUACAGGUGACGUCCAUCUGAAUCCGGACAUCUACCCAGAACCCGAGAAGUGGGAUCCGAGCCGGUACCUGCCGGAGAAGGCUGAGGACAAGAAGGUCGUCCAUGGCUUUGUUGGAUGGGGUGUGGCCAGACAUCCAUGUCUUGGCAUGCGCUUCGCCAAGCUCGAGCAGAACAUCAUCACGGCGUAUUUCCUGGCUUCAUUCGACUUCCAUCUCGUCGACAAGGCAGGCAACAAACUCACCAUCCCGCCCAAGGUCGAUUUCAACGGUCACUCCGCGCACAAGCCGAAGGUCCCGCAGCUGCUCAAGGUCACGCCACGUGAGAAGUAG